AUGUUUGGAGCACAAAUUGGCCCAUAUAGGUCCUCUGAGUCGACUGCUACUUCUCUAGGGAUGGCAAUGGGUGACAAACCCGCUGGGGGACCCCCCCGUCACCCGUCCCCAUUAGGAAAAAUACCCCCGUCACCCGCCCCAUCACCCGUCUCGGGUCCAAAUUUCCCCCAGACCCGGCACCCGUGUGGCUCAAGCGACGCCGUUUUGGAUUACCUUCCUCAGCUCACCCGACCACUCGGCUUAUUAGGCUCGUUGAGAUUCAUUUCUGCGUGGAGUCGACGCCGCCAUCUGCUCCGACUUACCACCGCGUUUUUUGGAUUCCGGCGGCUAGUCCAGGUUGAACGAUUAUGUUCAUUUCCAGGCUUUAUCGCUCCAAGUCUUACAGAAAGGUAUUCAUAUUCCCCCGUGGGACAUAAUCAGUAUCUUCCGGUCCUGAGACAUAAAUUGUAUAGCUGUGCAGCAGCUAAAGUGGACUCUGAUGACGAAAAUGAAACAAAUGAAAAAAUAAAAGUGGCAUUUGUUGACAAAGAUGGGGAAGAGACACAUAUUAAGGUUCCAGUUGGAAUGUCGAUGCUAGAAGCUGCACAUGAGAAUGACAUAGAACUUGAAGGGGCAUGUGAAGGGUCACUUGCUUGUUCCACUUGUCAUGUUAUUGUGAUGGACAUGGAGCAGUACAACAGAUUACCCGAUCCAACUGAUGAAGAAAAUGACAUGUUAGACCUUGCAUUUGGCCUCACUGAAACGUCUCGUCUGGGUUGUCAAAUAAUUGCUAAACCUGAACUCGAGGGACUUCGUUUAGCACUUCCUUCAGCCACACGAAAUUUCGCGGUCGAUGGACAUAAACCAAAACCUCAUUGA